AUGGACGGAGAAGAUGUUAUGGAAGGAGAAGAUGGUUUGGAUGGAGAAGAAGUUAAGGAAGGAGAAGAAGUUAGAGAAAGAGAGGAAGUUAAAGAAGGAGAAGAAGAUGGAGAAGAAAUUUGGCAUGUAGAUGAAGAAGUUAAAGAAGGAGAAGAAGAAGUUAAGGAUGGAGAAGAAGAAGUUAGGGAAGGAGAAGAAGUUAAGGAUGGGGAAAUAGUUUGGGAUGGGGAAGAAGUUAAGGAAGGAGAAGAAGUUAGGGAAGUAGAAGAAGCUUUGGAUGGAGAAGAAGUCAAGGAUAAAGAAGAAACUAUGGAUGGGGAAGAAGUUAAGGAGGGAGAGAUGAUUAUUAUGGAUGGAGAAGAAGUCAAGGAAGGAGAAGAAGUUAUGGACGGAGAAGAUGUUAUGGAAGGAGAAGAUGGUUUGGAUGGAGAAGAAGUUAAGGAAGGAGAAGAAGUUAGGGAAAGAGAGGAAGUUAAAGAAGGAGAAUAA